AUGAACUCAAAACACGUCAUGAACACACUCAACGCACUGGAUGAGUCGUUCUUUUAUAAAGGAAUUCUGUACAUGACUCGGCGCAUAUCACAAGAGAUAUCACUCCAAUUUUUCAACGGAAAGGAAUUUGCUAUUUCAUCGAGUGGAGUUUGUAAUCACACUCUCUACAUUCAAAAACCAGAGAAUGGAAAGUCAAUCAAAUUUUAUAUCAAACAAGGUAAAGACGUCUACGAAUUCCUCAAUGUGUGUGAAGUGAACAACUCAAAGUGGAGGGUGGUGACUGACACAACAGAGCGACGAGUCUUUCGGAGUGUAGCUCUUGAAGGGUAUGUCGUAAAAUUCAUCUCCGUGUGUUGA